GCUUGCGACAAACACACACAAACCCUGCGCACGCCGAAAUAACGAACGUUGAAACGGCAUCAGCGUGAUCGCAACGAGCUAGAAAGGAAAACGUGAUGAUUACGCGCACCGUGGCGCGCACAUUCUCGCACGUGUAGUGAGCACGGCUCGGCGUUAUUGUAAAUUCGCUGAAGCCGACACGAAAUUCGUCAUUCUUCAACCAGCCGUCAGCGGAUUCACGUCGUGAAGCAGACCACAAACACCACAAACCGCAUACAUCAACAUGCCUGUCCCACAACUUCAGAAGCCGGCGCCUGAAUUCUGCGGCAACGCAGUCGUCAACGGCCAGUUCAAAGAGAUCAAACUCUCCGACUACAAGGGACAAUAUGUCGUCUUUUUCUUUUACCCGCUGGACUUCACAUUUGUCUGCCCAACGGAAAUCAUCGCAUUCUCCGACCGCAGCCAGGAGUUCAAAGACAUCAAGGUGCAAGUGAUUGCCGCGUCCACCGACAGUCACUUCAGCCAUUUGGCGUGGGUAAACACCCCGCGUAAACAGGGCGGGCUUGGAGAGAUGACCAUCCCGUUGCUGGCGGAUAAGUCGAUGAAGAUUGCGCGCGAUUACGGUGUGCUCGAUGAGGCGACCGGUAUUGCCUUCCGCGGUUUAUUCAUCAUCGACCCUAAGGGCAUUCUGCGUCAAAUUACCAUCAAUGAUUUGCCUGUGGGUCGCUCCGUGGAUGAAACCCUGCGUUUGGUACAGGCCUUCCAGUUCACCGACGAACAUGGAGAGGUUUGCCCCGCCGGCUGGAAGCCGGGACAGAAGACAAUGAAACCUGACCCGAGCGGCAGCAAAGCCUACUUCGAGAACUCAAACUAAACAACUAGCAAUCCUGUCUCAAAAAUAUCAUAAUAAGCGAUAAUAGUGUUUAGGAUUGGAUCGCAACAUUGCGUGAUUUGUUCUUUGCCUACGUUAGUAUUCGUGAUUGUUAUUUAUCACCCAUUUUUUUGUUUGUUUGUUUGUUUGUUAGUUACCCUGAAGAGACAUACCAAAAUCCUCACGAUUAUUUCGUGCAGUAAGUUGUAUCAAAUGCAAUGCGAUGUUAUAUAUAUUCAAAUAAAUUAAUUGAAACAUAAAAA